AUGGCCACUAAUCACUUGUCAGAAGAGCAGCUGGUGUGUUCAGUGUGUCUCAACGUCUUCACCGACCCCGUCACCAUUCCGUGUGGACACAACUUCUGCUUGGUCUGUCUCAAAGGAUUGUGGGAUCAAAGUGACCAGUACAAGUGCAAGGCCUGUGACAAGGCCUUCGUCAGCAAACCCGAGAUCAGUGUAAACAAAGCCUUCAAAGAAAUCUCCGAACGAUUCAAAGCCGUUCAGAACUGCGCGGGGAAACAGUUGGCCAAACCUGGGGAGAUUGCCUGCGAUGUAUGCACUGGAGAGAUCAAGUUCAAGGCUCUCAAGUCUUGCCUGGUUUGUCUGACAUCUUACUGCGAGGUCCACCUGGAGCCCCAUCAGAGGGUGACCAACUUGAAGAAGCAUAAGCUGAUUGAUCCUGUGGAUCACUUGGAAGACAGAAUGUGCAAAAAACACCAGAGACUCCUGGAGUUUUUCUGCGUUUGGGAUCAAAUGUGUGUGUGCCAGUUCUGCACCGAGACCGACCACCUGGAACACGAGACAGUAACCCUAAAAGAGGAGUGCGACCAGAAGAAGACUCAGCUGACACAGGUUAAGGCCAACGUGCAGCAGAUGGUUCAGGAGAGACUGGAGAAGACGCAGGAGAUCAAACGCUCUGUGGAGCUAAGCAAAGCAAACUCACAGAGAGAGAUUGAGGACGGUGCACAGAUCCUCAGGGCCCUGGUCAGCUCUAUUGAAGAACGAGAGGCUGAGCUGGUCAGAGAGAUCGAGGAGAAACAGAAGGCAGUGGAGAGGAAAGCUGAAGGUCUCAUUAAAGAUCUGGGAGAGGAGAUAACAGAGCUGAGGACGAGAGAGGCUGAUGUGGAGCAGAUUUCACACACUGAGGACUAUGUGUUUCUUCUUCAGCGUUUUCCAGUUCUUAGUUCCUGUCCUCAAACUGAGGACUGGUCUGAAGUCAGUAUUUACCCAGAUCAGUGUGUGGGAUCUGUGAGGAGAGCAGUGUCUAAAGUGGAGGACGCUGUAAGGACUGAGAUGGUGAGACUGACAGAGAACGAGUUAGAGAGAGUUCAACAAUAUACAGUGGACGUGGUCCUUGAUCCGGACACGGCUCAUCCAAACAUCCUGCUGUCCGAGGACAGCAAACAGGCGGGUCGAGCCGACACCCAGCGGCAGGUCCCUGAUAACCCGGAGCGUUUUGAUCCGGUUCUGUGUGUCCUGGGUAAGAAAGGUUUCUCGAGCGGAAGGUUUUACUACGAGGUUCAGGUAAAGGACAAAACCUUCUGGGAUUCGGGAGUGGUCCGAGAAUCCGUCAACAGGAAGGGACAGAUCACGUCCACACCGGAUAACGGGUACUGGACCAUGAGACUCAGAAACGGAGAAGAGUACCGAGCCCUGGGGUCUCCAUCUGUCCGCCUGUGUCUUCAGAAGAAGCCUGAGAAAGUGGGCGUGUUUGUGGACUAUGAGGCGGGGCUUGUCUCUUUCUAUGAUGUAGAGGACAGAUUCCACAUCUAUUCAUUUGUUGGCAACACUUUCACAGAAAAGCUCUAUCCUUUCUUUAGUCCGGGUGUUGCUGAUAGUGGUAAAAACAUGUCUCCACUUAUUCUUACUCCGGUCAGACAGACCAAAUAA